CACUAAUCGUCACGGAAACAUCGCUCACACGCUAACGGCUAACGGGGAAGACUGGGACCAAUGUCGAAGACUAUAUUGCCGCCAGAAUGGUCCAACUGAGCCAUCCGAACCAUCUGACCCACUUGACGGACCCGUUGUGACGAGUGGACAAGAUGCUGCAGCUCCCCCUGGUGGUGACUGCUCGAGUGGACCUGGUUCUACUGCUGCUCUCCCUGCUCGCCUUCUGGACCCGACUCACCCGCCUCAGCUACCCCAACGCUGUGGUGUUUGACGAGGUGUACUAUGGACAGUUUGUGUCUCUCUACAUGAAGAGAAUCUUCUUCAUUGAUGACAGCGGACCAGCACUUGGUCACAUGAUUCUGGCCUUGGGGGCCUACUUGGGAGGAUUUGAUGGAAACUUCAUGUGGAACAGAAUUGGAGCAGAGUAUCCCUGCAGUGUGAGUGUGUGGAGUCUGCGCCUGUUCCCGGCUGUGUGUGGUGCAUUGUGUGUUCCUGUGGGGUAUUGUGUCAUUGUGGAGUUGGGUUUCUCUCAUGUGUCGGCGCUGGGAGCGUCACUGCUGCUGUUGUUUGACAAUGCUCUCAUCGUCCAAUCGCGCUUCAUGUUGCUGGAGUCUGUGGUUAUCUUGUUCAUCAUGUUGGCCUUGUUCACCUACCUGCGCUUCCACAACGCCCCCACCAGCUCGCCUGUCAGGUACUGUUGGCUCCUCCUCUCCGGAACUUCCUGCUCUGCCGCUAUCGGGGUGAAGUAUAUGGGUGUGUUCUCCUACCUGCUGCUUGUGGGUGUGGCCUCUUUGCACACCUGGAAGUUGAUUGGAGACAUGACCGUUAGUGGUCUGUGUGUGUUUGUCCAGUGUGUGUGUCGCGGUGUGUGCCUGUUUGUGGUCCCUGUCCUGCUCUAUGUUUUCUGGUUCUAUGUCCACCUGAGUCUUCUACACCGCAGUGGACCACAUGACCAGUUGAUGAGCCCUGCCUUCCAGGCCAGCCUGGAGGGCGGUCUCUCCAGGAUUACUCUGGGUCAACCUCUGGAGGUUGCUUAUGGCAGUCAGGUGACUUUGAGAAGCUCCGCCUCCCAGCCAAUCCCCUGCUGGCUCCAUUCUCACAAAGCCAACUAUCCAAUCAGGUAUGAGAGUGGGCGGGGCAGCUCUCACCAGCAGCAGGUCACAUGUUACCCGUUCAAAGACGUCAACAACUGGUGGAUCGUGAAGAACCCGGACAGAGCGGAUCUGGCGGUGGGCAGUCCUCCCCGUGCGGUCCGUCACGGCGACAUCAUCCAGCUGUUUCACGGGAUGACGUCACGCUUCCUCAACAGCCACGACGUCGCGGCGCCCAUGAGCCCCCACGCGCAGGAAGUGUCCGGGUACAUCGACUUCAACGUCUCCAUGCCGGCGCAGAACCUUUGGAGGGUGGACGUCGUCAACAGGGAGGCGGAGUCGGAGGUUUGGAAAACCAUCCUGUCAGAAGUUCGAUUGGUCCACGUCAACACCUCUGCCGUCCUGAAGCUGAGUGGCACGUCUCUUCCAGACUGGGGUUUCCGUCAAAUGGAGGUGGUAGCAGAGAAGAUGUUCAGAGGUCACAGCAGCAGUCAGACCUGGACGGUGGAGGAACAUCGAUAUGGAACCAGUGAGGAGCAGAAGGACAGGGAGGCGGAGCUUCAUUCUCCCACCCACAUUGACGUCAACAGGAAGAUUUCCUUCUGGGCGAAGUUCCUGGAGGUGCAGUGGAGGAUGCUGACGGUGAAACAGGAAGACUCUGAGCACAAAUAUAGCUCCACCCCUUUGGAGUGGAUCACCAUGGAGACCAACAUUGCAUACUGGCUGCAUCCAUCCACCAAUGCUCAGAUCCAUCUGAUUGGUAAUCCAGUAUCGUGGGGCGUGGCCAACCUCAGCUUGCUGGCCUAUCACCUGCUGGCAUCCGUCUACCUGCUGAGGAGGAGGCGUGGCAUCAAAGACGUACCUGACGCUGCGUGGGAGCAGUUUGUGUCAUUAGGUCAGGUGUGUGUUGGCGGCUGGCUGGUCAACUUUGUUCCAUUUGUGUUCAUGGACAAGAGCCUCUUCCUCUACCAUUACCUGCCUGCACUCGUCUUCCUGCACCUGCUGAGCGCCGCCCUGCUGGAGCACGCACACACACACCUGCUCAGCAAGGACACACACCGCCGUGUGUUGCGUGCGUGUGCGUGCGCAGUGUUGGCGUGCGUCCUCCUCUCCUAUCACCUCUUCUGCCCUUUGACCUUUGGGAGCCCAGAGCUGUCAGCCAAUCAGCUGCAGGCGCUGAAGUGGAGAAACUCCUGGGACAUCCUUUACCAUCGCCGCUAGACUCCUCCCCCCACAAUUACAUCACCACCUGUGGCUGAUCUUGUCAAACUUUUAGCAAACAAUAAAGUUGUGUUUUAGUGACGUCGUGGUUCU